AUCCAGGGCGAGGGGUGCGGGAAGUUUUUAUAAACCUUCGAUUUUAGUGAAAGUCACUGUCCCAUUAAAAUUUUCUGGGAAACUACAGGAGAAAAUUCUUAAUUUCUGGUUUCGAAAAUUUUCAUUCUCCAUUUGGUGACCACAAACUACAAUGGAGCCAGAAGAAACUUUGGUUGACAAAAACUUUCCCCUUUUCUUCAAACCUUCCAAAACCCACAAAUCCCUUCAAACCCCUGUAACUUCUAAAACCCUAAACACUGAACAAAAUUCGGAACCCCAUCAAGUCGAGAAGGAAACAUCUGCAAACACUGAUUCCAUCACCCCCUCCACCACCGCAACGUUAUUUUCCGACCUGGGUCUCGCCGAAUGGGUGGUCCAAACCUGCAAGGAGCUGGGGAUGAAAAGGCCCACUCCCGUCCAAGCCCACUGCAUCCCGAAGAUUUUAGCGGGUCAUGACGUGCUGGGGUUGGCUCAGACCGGCAGUGGCAAGACGGCGGCGUUUGCGCUGCCGAUCUUGCAUCGCCUGGCGCAGGAUCCAUACGGGAUUUUCGCGUUGGUGGUGACUCCUACUAGAGAAUUGGCCUAUCAGUUGGCGGAGCAGUUCCGUGCCCUGGGGUCUUGCUUGCAUUUACGAUGUGCGGUGGUGGUUGGGGGUAUGGAUAUGUUGACCCAGGCCAAGACCUUAAUGGGCAGACCGCAUAUUGUUAUCGCCACGCCUGGAAGGGUUAAGGUUUUAUUGGAGGAGAAUCCGGAUAUCCCUGCUGUCUUCUCUAGAACCAAGUUCCUAGUUCUGGAUGAAGCUGAUAGAGUUUUGGAUGUUGGAUUUGAAGAAGAAUUAAGAGCGGUGUUUCAAUGCUUACCAAAACAACGGCAAACACUGUUGUUUUCUGCAACAAUGACAAGUAACUUGGAAAUGCUACUUGAGCUUUCUGCAAAUAAGGCAUACUUCUAUGAAGCCUAUGAAGGCUUCAAGACAGUUGACACUCUUAAACAGCAGUAUGUUUUCAUCCCUAAGAAUGUGAAGGAGGUUUAUCUUGUUCACCUUUUGUCUAAAAUGGAAGAUAUGGGUAUUCGAUCUGCUAUGAUAUUUGUCUCUACCUGCAGAACUUGUCACCUUUUGAGUUUAUUGCUGGAAGAGCUUGAUCAGGAAGCAGCAGCAUUGCAUUCAUUUAAAUCUCAAUCUUUGAGACUUUCUGCUGUACAUCGUUUCAAAUCUGGACAAGCUUCUGUAUUGGUUGCAACUGAUGUUGCCAGUCGGGGUUUGGACAUUCCUACUGUUGAUCUUGUUAUCAAUUAUGAUAUUCCAAGGUAUCCCAGAGAUUAUGUUCAUCGUGUAGGUCGUACUGCUAGAGCAGGUAGAGGAGGGCUGGCUGUGAGUUUUGUUACUGAGAACGAUGUGGAUCUCAUUCAUGAGAUAGAAGCUGUUAUUGGGAAACAACUGGAGGAAUUUGAGUGUAAAGAGAAGGAUGUCCUUUCAGAUAUUACCAGGAUAUACAAAGCCAAACGUGUGGCGACAAUGAAGAUGAUGGAUGAUGGAUUUGAGGAGAAAGCAAAGGGUCGGAAAGAGCAAAAAAUGAAAACUCUAGCAGAGAAGGGAUUGUUGAAGAAGAAGAGUGGAAAAAGAAAGAGACAAAAGUUUGCAAAAUAGUGAACAAGUGUUAUAUGCAGUUCCCAACAGACUACGCUGCCUUUCCAAAACCCUCAUUGAUUUGAAGUCAAAUGAGAAAAUUUUGUUUAUCUUUCUGCUUGAAAAGCAGAUGCCAAGCCUUUUUUUCCUCUUGUUUUUUAGAAUAUUUGUUCAUCUAGGGAGAUUAACCGAUUGUGUUAUCGAUUUCUUGGGUUUUAGGCUA